UGGCCCCUCCAUCUGCGGCGGAUCUCAGAGGUGUGGACAAGCAGCCUACUAGGGCUAGAGAUGGACAGCAGGAAGCUGUCCCCUCAGGGGAAGAAGCUGGAGUCGCACCUCUCCCAAGAGCACAGGCGACCCCCACUGGGCCCGACAGCAUCCUGGGGCCAGCCCAGUACCCAGAGCAGCGCUCAGCAGGGACUGCAGACUCAGGACUGGGUAAGCAGGAAACCCUGGCCAAGGCCACCCUCCUGCUCCCUGACCCACCCUCGCCCGCAGGACAUCGUGCAGAUGGUAGCCCAGCUGGUGUCAGAGGACGUGGACAAGGACGUGCUGUUUCCCCACCCGCUGAGGUCCACCGAGUCCACCAACGCCUUCCAGGCCUUCCUGGCGCGGAGUGCGCCUUUCUGGCAUAAUGCGACUUUCCAGGCCCGGGCCUCGAGGUCACCCCCUUCCUAAGAGCCCGACUC